CCGCCAUGGGGGAGCUGUUCCGCAGCGAGGAGAUGACCCUGGCCCAGCUCUUCCUGCAGUCCGAGGCCGCGUACUGCUGUGUCAGCGAGCUGGGCGAGCUGGGGAAGGUCCAGUUCCGCGACCUGAACCCGGACGUGAACGUGUUCCAGCGCAAGUUCGUUAACGAAGUCCGGAGGUGUGAAGAGAUGGACCGAAAGCUGAGGUUUGUUGAGAAGGAGAUUAAAAAAGCAAAUAUUCCUAUCAUGGACACUGGUGAAAACCCGGAGGUGCCUUUUCCACGUGACAUGAUUGACUUGGAGGCAAACUUUGAGAAAAUUGAAAAUGAGCUUAAAGAAAUCAACACAAACCAGGAAGCUCUGAAGAGAAACUUCUUGGAGCUGACAGAAUUAAAAUUUAUACUGCGUAAAACUCAGCAAUUUUUUGAUGAGAUGGCGGAUCCAGACCUGUUGGAGGAAUCCUCUUCGCUCCUGGAACCAAGCGAGAUGGGAAGAGGUGCCCCGCUACGACUUGGGUUUGUGGCUGGUGUGAUCAACCGUGAGCGAAUCCCCACGUUUGAGCGCAUGCUGUGGCGAGUGUGCCGAGGGAACGUAUUCCUGCGUCAAGCAGAAAUUGAAAAUCCCCUGGAGGAUCCUGUAACGGUAAAAGGAACUAUUGUUUUCAGCAGCAAAAGUCUUAGAUGUGUAAAAGGAUUUUCCUGUAGAUCUAAGCCUUUAUCCCUCAAUGAGCUCCAUGGGGAUUAUGUGCACAAGUCUGUGUUUAUCAUCUUUUUCCAAGGUGACCAGCUGAAAAACAGAGUCAAGAAGAUAUGUGAAGGAUUCCGUGCCUCCCUCUACCCAUGCCCAGAAACACCACAGGAGCGGAAGGAAAUGGCUUCUGGUGUCAAUACCAGAAUUGAUGAUCUUCAGAUGGUGCUGAACCAAACAGAGGAUCAUCGCCAAAGGGUUUUGCAGGCAGCCGCUAAAAAUAUCCGUGUCUGGUUCAUCAAAGUACGCAAGAUGAAGGCCAUCUACCAUACGCUGAAUCUGUGCAAUAUCGAUGUGACACAGAAGUGCUUGAUUGCUGAAGUCUGGUGUCCUGUUGCUGACCUCGAUUCUAUCCAGUUUGCUCUCAGGAGAGGCACUGAGCACAGUGGAUCCACUGUCCCAUCUAUUUUAAACAGGAUGCAAACCAAUCAGACCCCACCAACAUACAACAAAACUAACAAGUUUACUUCUGGCUUUCAAAAUAUUGUUGAUGCUUACGGCAUUGGAACAUAUCGGGAAAUAAAUCCAGCACCAUAUACGAUCAUUACCUUCCCGUUUCUGUUUGCUGUGAUGUUUGGAGAUUUUGGCCAUGGAAUCCUGAUGACUCUGAUUGCUGUCUGGAUGGUGCUUAGGGAAAGUCGUAUUCUGUCACAGAAGAGUGACAAUGAGAUGUUCAACAUGGUUUUUAGUGGUCGAUACAUCAUUCUGCUGAUGGGACUGUUCUCCACUUACACAGGCCUCAUCUACAAUGACUGCUUCUCCAAGUCUCUUAAUAUGUUCGGUUCAUCAUGGAGUGUCCGGCCGAUGUUCUCAAAAGGCAAUUGGUCAGAUGCCUUGCUUGAGAAUACUCCUCUGCUUCAGCUGAACCCUGCUAUUCCAGGGGUGUUUGGUGGACCCUACCCCUUUGGCAUUGACCCGAUUUGGAAUAUUGCCAGCAAUAAGCUGGCCUUCCUCAAUUCCUUUAAGAUGAAAAUGUCUGUGAUUCUUGGCAUUAUCCACAUGCUUUUUGGUGUCACAUUGAGUCUUCUCAACCAUAUCUAUUUUAAGAAGCCACUGAACAUAUACCUUGGAUUUAUUCCAGAAAUUAUUUUCAUGUCAUCACUGUUUGGAUACCUUGUUAUUCUAAUUUUCUACAAAUGGACAGCUUACGAUGCUCACACGUCAAAGGAUGCGCCAAGCCUUUUAAUACAUUUUAUCAACAUGUUUCUGUUCUCCUAUAGUGAUACCAGUAACAAGAUGCUUUACAAAGGGCAGCAAGGGCUCCAGUGUUUCCUCGUGGUGGUGGCGUUACUCUGUGUGCCGUGGAUGCUGGUAGCUAAACCCCUGGUCCUUCGCCAUCAGUAUUUGAGGAGAAAGCACUUGGGAACGCACAACUUUGGUGGGAUCCGAGUGGGCAAUGGACCAACUGAGGAGGAUGCUGAGAUCAUUCAACAUGACCAGUUAUCUACCCACUCCGAGGAGGGGGAAGAGUUUGACUUUGGCGAUACUGUGGUGUACCAGGCUAUCCACACCAUUGAAUAUUGCCUGGGGUGCAUUUCAAACACUGCAUCCUACUUGAGGCUCUGGGCCCUCAGCUUAGCCCAUGCACGAUUGAGUUCCAGAACAAGUUCUACACUGGCACUGGAUUCAAGUUUCUCCCUUUCUCCUUUGAUACCAUCCGUGAGGGGAGGUUUGACGAUUAAAGAUCCCUCCACUCAAGCAGUGUUAAACAUAGUGUGUUUAUGGCUAGCUCUCUCCCGUGUGUCUGAGUUGCUUGUAAUCCUCCCCUAGUGAAAAUAACUUAUUGCAGCACCCUCGAGUGUUACCGUGGCGUUUCAAAGCCAAGAGCUUUGACAUUCUCGGGUAAUGAGUGACACUGGAUCAAAGAAACUUUUCCUUCCUUAAGUUUACCACUGAAGAUACUAAGUGCAUGAAGUGUCUGAGUUUGGUGUGUAAUAGUGUACUUCUGGUGUUGUGAAUUCCCUGGCAGGCUUAUCGGGGCGGUAUGAGAGCAAUGCAGCUAUGGCUGAGUGGGCAUACAAGCACAUGGAGAAAAGGCGUAACAACUUCAGCUUGCACAAGGCUUGCUGCUUGGGAGGAGAUACUUUUUUUUAAGAAAGUUUUACAUGUGGAUCCUCUGUGUGUCUGGCUCUGAUGUAAACAAAUUAGGAGCAGUGGGCAGUUGACAAUCCAGGGUGUGCUUCUCCUACCUCCAGGGCUUCCACAUGUGCCAUGUUUUAAUCUGACAAAAACAGUGUCUCAUCCCCUGCAGGGAUUCAACUCUUUGAACUCUGGCUGGGAUUCGAGGAGCCGAUAUGAAGGGGUAGGACUCAGCCUCAGCUAAGUGUAUGGUGGCUCUGUGUUUGCUCUAGUGAUGGGGAAACACCUUGUCCUUUGCAAGAAAGGCUGUUCCUUUCCUCCCUGGAGGAAAGGUCCUUUAACUUGUGCACCUGCGCACUCAUAUCCCAGGCAAAGCCCCGAGUCCAGCAGCGCAGGCCCCUUCCACCUCUUGUUUCUGGAGGCAGUGGUGAGGACAGGGGGCUCAGGCACAGGGGGCUUGGCUGCCCUGCUGUGGCCUGGGGCGAGCUGCCAUGCAAGCUGUCAUCUCGGGUACUGACCGCUGGCAGUGGAACUUGGGUUUUUUGUUUAAAACCAAAGCCCUGAAGCUGUAGAGUCCUAGAGGCACAUCCAGAUAAUGCCUGCAUAGACUCUGCAUCAGUGGAGGCAGCUUUUGCAAAGGUGGAGGUACCAGUGACAUACGUUGUCAUGUACACUUGGGGUCUAAGGAGCCCUUUAAGGGAGAACAGAGGCUGAGUCUUCCCUAAAUAGUUCCAUGGCAGUGGAGUCUCGGUAUUUCCCCACAGUAGCUGUUGCUUUUUCUCCUGUGCAAAAUGUGAAUAAUUUCUUGUCCUCCCCAACUCGAUGUAGCUGUAGGAGCAGUGGAGGGGUGUGUGUUAGUGCUGUGUGUAACUGUCAUGUUUAAUUGUCACAGUGGAUCUGAAGUAUUUGUGUAUGAACAAAUUAGAACGAUAAUGAGAAUCAUUGUAACCUGGCAUUGAAGAUGAAAUGCCACGCAGUGCAGGGCUGUUUAAAAUUAUGUGAUAAAGGUGUGUGUGCACUGCACGCUGCAACGGGUGCGUGCACGGAGCAGGGGCAUCCUUGUGCUGCGUGUGGGCAGCUUCUGGGUAAUCGCUGUGUUUACAGGUAGAGUUGGCUGUAUGUUUACAAUGGUGUUUGCAGAAUGCAAGAUGAAAUCAAAACUUGUUGCAAGUGGAGCAGUGACAGCAGUCCUCCUGCCCAGGUGAAACGCAUUGCUGACAGUCACUGUAUAAAUUAAAGUAACUGCACAACAAGCA